AUGACGGAAAUUGAAGCCCUUUUCUGCCAGGCCGGCAUCCCGUACUCGACGCCAACAUCGGCGGACUUCGAUGCACUCCUCUCCAAUUUCAGCGGCAAUCACCUCGACGGCAAGCCAAGCCUCAUCACCACCCCAGAGACGGAGCAGCAUGUCGCUGCUAUAGUGUCGGCCUGCGUCGCCAAUCGUGUCGAAUUCGUGGUUCGCGGCGGCGGUCACGAUGCCUUUGGGCGCUCGACCGUCGCUAAUGGCGUCACGAUUGAUCUCCGCAAGCUCUCUUCCGUCGCCGUCUCUCAGGACAGGCAAACGGCCCGGAUCGGCGGCGGCGCAACGUCUGUCCAAGUCUUGACCGCGCUGGCCCCCCAAGGGCUGCAGGCGCCCGUCGGGACGUGCGGCAUGGUUGGCUACGCCGGCUGGUGCCUCGUCGCUGGCUUUGGGCCCUAUAUGCAUUCGUAUGGAAUCGGAACAGACCAAAUCGUAGGAGCGCGUGUGGUCACUGCCGAUGGUACGGUGGUGGACGCCGAUGCGGACAUGCUCAAAGGGCUGCGAGGCGGCGGAAGCAAUCUCGGAGUCGUGGUUGAGCUGACAGUCAAGGUGUAUCCUUUCGAGAAUAUACAAGCCGGCAUGUUGAUGUUUGAGUCGAGUGACAUUGAAAAGACGCUCACCACCUUCUUGCCCAAAUACGCCGAGCUUUUCGUCCAAGGAAGCACCCUGCCGCGCAAAUUUUACACGAUGCCGGUUGUCAUCACUCCGCCUGGCAUGAGCACCACGCUUUGCUGUUUCGUGGUCUACAACGGCCCCGCGAGUGACGAGUCCCAGGCCCUGACUGAACGCAUCGCGAGCCUUGCGCCCCUCAUGCCAGGAACGCCGCCUCCAGACGUUGCGGUCGCCACGACAUCGGCCCUCGAGUUUGCGCGGCGACUGAUGGACAUGUUUCCGAAGCAGCUCCAAGGGCGCAGCCAAACCGCCAGCGUGACGCACUUUUCCCCAGAUGUCGUUGGCUGCCUGGCGCGCGGCAUGGGCAAAAAGCCGAGCACGUCCAACGGCGGCAUCAUCGUACAGCAGAUGCGUUCCGACUGUCCCUCUUGCGGACCCGACGUCCCCGAGUCGGUCUGUCCCUAUCGCAAGCCGCACAUCACCUUUGAGAUCCUGGGCACAGGGCCGGACGACGAAGCGGCAGAGGCCGCCAUGGCAUGGGCGCUGGAGACGCGCAAUGAGCUGAUGGGGCUCCCGGACGCGGUGAAGAGCACGUACAUUGCGACCACGUCGCCCGAGUGCCUAAAUGUGGCGGACAUAUUUGGAGACAAGCUCGAGGAGCUCCGACGCCUCAAGCAGCGGUAUGAUCCGAAGGGGGUCUUCAAGAACACGAUUCCCCGGCUGGCGGACUAG